AUGCCUGACGAAUCGUCUGCCCAGCGCGAAGGUGGAAGAUGGGAUACCCCUCACUGGGAGGCGGCUGAUGGAUCUUCCUCCCGUCAGCGAGGCGGAACAGGGCAGAGAGAGAAAGGGACAUCAUCUGAUGGUUCUGGCCAGCGCGACGGUGGAAACUGGGACACCCCUCGCUGGCAGAAAGCUGAUGGAUCUUCCUCCCGUCAGCGAGGUGAAACAAGGCAAAGAGAGGAAGGGACAUCAUCUGAUGGUUCUGGCCAGCGCGACGGUGGAAACUGGGACACCCCUCGCUGGCAGAAAGCUGAUGGAUCUUCCUCCCGUCAGCGAGGUGAAACAAGGCAAAGAGAGGAGGGGACAUCAUCUGAUGGUUCUGGCCAGGGAGGUGGAAACUGGGACACCCCUCGCUGGCAGAAAGCUGAUGGAUCUUCCUCUCGUCAGCCAGACGGAACAUGGCAGGGAGAUAAGGGGACAUCGUCUGAUAGUUCGUCUGGCCGGCGCGAGGGUGGAAAAUGGGAUACCCCGGACUGGAAGCCAGCUGGUGGAUCCUCUUCCGGACAGCGUGAAGGUGGAAAAUGGGAUACUCCGGACUGGAAGCCAGCUGGUGGAUCCUCAUCGGAGCAGCGUGAAGGUGGAAAAUGGGAUACUCCGGACUGGAAGCCAGCUGGUGGAUCCUCAUCCGGACAGCGUGAAGGUGGAAAAUGGGAUACUCCGGACUGGAAGCCAGCUGGUGGAUCCUCAUCGGAGCAGCGUGAAGGUGGAAAAUGGGAUACUCCGGACUGGAAGCCAGCUGGUGGAUCCUCAUCGGAGCAGCGUGAAGGUGGAAAAUGGGAUACUCCGGACUGGAAGCCUGCUGGUGGAUCUUUAUCCGGGCAGCGCGAAGGUGGAAAAUGGGAUACACCGGACUGGAAGCCAGCUGGUGGAUCCUCUUCCGGACAGCGUGAAGGUGGAAAAUGGGAUACUCCUCACUGGAAGCCCAGCGGUGCAUCCUUUGAGCAGCCCGAGGGCGGAAAAUGGGACUUAGAUUGGAAGCCCAGCGAUGCAUCCUUUGAGCAGCCCAAGGGUGGAAAAUGGGACCUAGAUUGGAAGCCAAGAUCAUAA